AUUUUGUUGGCUUUAGUUUUGUCUCUGUAUAAACUACAACUAGUAGAGAUCGCAGCGCAUUGUUUUACAUCUAUAAGUCUUGUAAAUUCUCACGUAUAAACUUGGGUCUGGUUCGGUUUGGUUUAAUUUUGAUCUGACGAUCGAAAGCUUGGUUUCAAGAUCAAGAUCAUGAAGAAUCAAAAUCAAGUUUCUACAAACAAGGUAUUUAGCUCCCCAGGGCAAGGAUUUGUUAAUAUUCUGUACUACAUUCUUUUCUUUGCUUUCGGUUUAACUUUUGGAAUUAUAAUCACUUUCUACUCCAAAAGCUUCUCAUUCAAUCUACAAUUCACAAACCUCACCUUCUCAACUUCUUCAUAUACACUUUCACCACCAUUGUCGUCGUUGUCAUCGUCGUCGUUAUCCAGCAGUACUAGUGUUAGUAAAACGGUGAAGAGCCGCACCGGAUUGCAAGAAUUUGUGAAACCACCGAAUGUUAUGCAUGACAUGACCGAUGAAGAAUUGUUGUGGAGGGCUUCGAUGGUUCCGAAAAGAAACGAGUUCCCUGGAGCUGAACCUGCCCCUAAGGUUGCUUUUAUGUUUUUGAUAAAAGAGAAAGUCUCAUUUGCUCCUUUGUGGGAGAAGUUUUUCAAAGGGAAUGAAGGACUUUACUCAAUCUAUGUGCAUUCUGAUCCAUCAUUCAAUCAGUCCAAGACUGAAAGCUCCAUGUUUCGCGAUCGGAGGAUUCCUAGCAAGGUUGUAGAAUGGGGAAAUGCGAACAUGAUUGAAGCUGAACGGCGUUUGUUAGCCAAUGCACUUCUUGAUUUCUCAAACCAGCGUUUUGUUCUGCUAUCCGAAUCUUGCAUUCCUCUGUACAAUUUCUCCACCAUUUAUUCUUAUCUAAUGAAUUCGUCGGAGUACUUUGUGGAGGCAUAUGAUUUGCAAGGCCCUGUUGGACGUGGUCGCUAUAGCUCACUAAUGUACCCACCUAUAAAACUUGAUCAAUGGAGAAAAGGUUCUCAGUGGUUCCAGAUUGACCGUGAAAUAGCCAUUGGAGUCAUCUCUGAUACUACGUAUUUCCCUGUAUUCCAAAAAUAUUGCAAGGGCAUGUGUUAUUCUGAUGAACAUUACCUACCUACAAUGGUGAGCACAAAAUAUUGGGAGAGAAAUUCGAAUAGAACAUUGACUUGGGUUGAUUGGUCGAGAGGCGGCCCUCAUCCAUCGAAGUACUCGGGAUCCGAUGCCACCAAGGACUUUCUGGUGAAGAUGAGGACGGGGAAGCAAUGCAGCUACAAUGGUCACAAAACCAAUGUCUGUUACAUGUUUGCAAGGAAGUUUUUGCCAAGUGCUUUGGAUAGUUUGUUGAGACUUGCACCUCAGGUUAUGCACAUAGACUCAUGAUCAUAACUUAACUUUCAUUUUUACAUGAUUAGGGCACUAAAUCUGUAAUAUAUACUUCCAUGUCAUCUCCUUCCUGCAUUUGAUUUAGUUUUGCAAGUUUGGUGAAGGUACCAAGGCAGCCAUAUGGAGAAGCAAUUUUUAUACAAUUUGUAAAUGAAAAAUAUGAGAAACUAAUAUAAGAAUUGCAUUCACCAACAAUGUAAGUACUCAGAGCUCCUAUGCAAAGUUAUCAGAUUCAAAAGCUUCA